AUGAAGCCCGUUGUCUCAGCGUUGAACGCCUGGUCAUGGUACGUCUCACCCCAGUUCCAAUCCAGUCUCGUCAUUCCUAACCUCUUGAUCGUCGACAGUGUCAUUAUCUCCCUCUUCGCAAUCGUCAUCCUCUCAGUUCUCGGCUCGCUAUACGGUAGUAACAGUCCCUCAUUCACCGGCUCAGAAGGCGAACCCGAAGAUGGCCCCGCUGUCGCUGCGUCAAUUUACACUGCUGUGAUCGUUUACGUUGUUCGUCAAUCCCCCUCCCGUCACCCGACGGGAUCAACCCAACAAAGGAACCAGGCACUGACAGUUCACUCUUUUGUUCACCAGGGUUUCUUCGUCUUCUGCGGUUUGCAAGCCUACCUUCACAUGCGAGACAGCAGGGGAGGUGCGAUAUCCCUGCAUUAA